UACCAACUUGGGACCCUUAUGAGCACAUAGAUUAGAAACAUAAGCAUGUGUUGUGUCUGUUUAGGUUGCUCAGAAGCUUGUCAGUUGUCACAAAGCCUAUCUAAUCCUAAUACUUUCUCCUUCUAUAUAAUGAUGAAAGAAGCCUAUGUUAUACUUCAUCAAUCAUCAUAACUUUCAUUCAGAGACCUCUACAAACAAAACUUACAAACCUUUUCUCUUUCUUUAUCCAUAUUACUUUGGAUCUAAAUCUCUUACCUGAAAAUGAUGAUAAACGCAAAGAAGCUCUUGAAGAUGGCCAAGAAAUGGCAACAAAGAGCAGCCUUAAGCAGAAAAAGAAUCUCAUUUCAGAGGUCAAGGGCUUCUUACAACUCAACUGCUGCAGAAAAGGGAUGUUUCGUGGUUUACACGGCGGAUAAAAUCCGGUUUGCGUUCCCAAUAAGUUACCUGAGCAACUCUAUUGUCCAAGAGCUCUUGAGAAUAUCUGAAGAAGAGUUUGGUCUGCCGACGGAAGGACCAAUCACACUGCCAUUUGAUUUGGCUUUUCUAGAGUAUCUCAUCAAGCUGAUCCAAAGACGAAUGGAUGGAGAUACAGAAAAGGCUCUGUUAAUAUCAAUCUCUAGUGCUAGAUGCUCUUUGCAACCACAAGAACAACAGAGUAGUAUUAUUACUCAACAACUGCUUGUAUUUUAGAGUUUGGUAAAUUUAUAUGUUUUAGCAGAGUUUAUAUUAGAUUAGAUAGAUCAUUUCAGAAAUACAGACUAUUGUUUUGUUAAUCUU